AUGUCGCGUCUCUUCGCCCGGGCGCUCACUUCGAGCGCGGUCGCGCGCGCCGGCCCCUCAAUCGGACUCCCAGCCAAGGCCGUUGCCUCUCAAGCGGCCACUGCUCCUCUGGCCGUCCGCGAGCGCCGCGAACAGUUCCCGCACGCCCAGCGCAAGUCGGUUCUCGUCAACCCCUCCGACUUUGAAGGUGGAAAGGGAUGGCCGGAACACCUCGAGAAGUUGUUCCAGAAUAUGCGCAGGGCAGGACAGUACAAGGGCGACGAGACGAGUGCGCGCAAAGCCUUCCUCAAAGUCAACCAGGCUUGGCGGUCGCGUGUACGCGGUGGUCCCGAGAGUGACUGGUUCUCAUACUUUGCCUCUGAGGGUUCUCCCAAGGCCAGCAAGGAGGUUGUCGGUCAGAAGAUCUGGUUGCCCAACAUUACCAUUCGCCUGGUUCGGAACAGCACCAAGGCUGGACAGGCAUACGAUCCUUGGACGGCUACUUUCCGCAUUCCACCGGGAAUGACCAAGAACGAUCUCAGGUCGUAUCUCCACGCAGUUUAUGGGCUCGAGGUUACGUUUAUUCGCACCGAGCUGCGGGUUGGCGUUGUCGCUCGUAACCGCCGCGGACAGCAGGUUCGCCUCGGCGGAGCCGAUAACCACUUCAAGCGCGCCGUGGUCGGUCUUACAGAGCCGUUCCACUAUCCCGACGAUGUGGAGGAGAUGCGCGCCGGUACUUUUGGUGGAAAGGAGGAGGGAGAGAUGCAGGCGCAGGCGCGUGAGCGCAUGCUCGACGGCGAGUUCCUCGUCGACGGCGCAAAGUCGUUCCAGAAGCAGAUGCUCAUGAAGAUUAUGAAGGGCCAGCGCUGGCGCGGCAAGACGACGGCCAACGCGGGCAACAUUAUCCGCGAGAUUGCGCGCCGCCGCAACGAGCGCGAGGCGGCGCUCACCGACGCCGCGGUCAACCUCUACAUCCGGGACGAGAGCGCCAAGAUCGACGCGGCCGACGCUGCUGCCGCCGCCGCGCCCAAGGAGUCCAACCCCGCCUAG